CCGUCCCGUCCCGUCCCGUCCCGGGUGCCCCCAUCCCUCCCCGCUCCCGGGCUCCGCUGCGCCCCGGUGCCCGCCGGUGGGGACACCCGGCCCCCGCGCCCCCCUUAACCCUGAGCCCUGCCCGCUCGACCCUGAGCCCUCACCGCCGCCCGCCCGGCCGCUGCCCGCCCGCCCCCGCCGCUUCCCGGCACAGCGGGUCGGUGCCAUGGCGGCCCUGCGUCCCCUCCUGCUCCUCGGGCUGCUCCUCGCUGCCUCGCCGGGGCUGGGGCGGUGGCCGCCCGCUCCCCAGAGCCCGCUGGAGCAGGUGGCGGCCCCGGAGGGGCUCGGCCUCGCCCAGCUCGCAGGGAGCUGGUUCCUGGUCGGCAUGGUCUCCCCCUGCAGCGCCCUGGCAGAGCAGAGCCACCGGCUGGAGGCCACGGCCGUGACCGUGAGUGUCCCGGAUGAGCAGAGCCUGGUCAUCAGCACCUUCAGGAGGCUGGACGGGACGUGCUGGGAGAUCUGGCAGCGCUACCUCCCUGCCCAGGCCCAUGGCGGCUUCCUCCUCAAGGGCCAUGGCUAUGGUGGCACAGUGCACAUGCUGGUGGGUGAGACAGACCACAGCAGCUACGCCAUCCUCUACUACCAGCGGGGUCGCAGCAUCUCUCUCAAGCUGUACGGACGGAGCAGCCGGGUCAGUGACGCCAUCGCCGACAGGUUUGAGCAGCGAGCCAGGGCCGUGGGGCUGAGCCAGGACCUCAUCUACUACUUCCCGACAUAUGGUGGGUGGCACAGGGACCCCCAGAGCAGGGGCACCCAGAGCAGGGAGGGGGAGGCACUGCCAGGGUUUUGCACCACCACAGAUGAGUUUCACAUCCUCGAUGAAUCGAAGCCAUAGGGGCAGAGCACGACCAGGAGGUGUCCAGAGCUCAGCCCUGGCCUCAUCCAUCACCCACAGCCACACAGGACUGAGCCACGGGUCAGCCCAGGUGCCAGCCCUGGGGCUCCCUGUGCUGGCAGCCGUGCCUGUCCUCAUCCUGUCCCCACACUGCUUUGUGCCCCAGUGCCUGCAGCAGCCUCCAACACCCCAAUAAAGUCCCUGAGCAGACAUGUGUCCAAGCAGAGCCCCCUCGACCUGCACUCACAGUGCCCUGGCAGCGUGCUCCCCGCUGGGGGGUGCUGGGGGCUGGGCAACCCCCUCCACACAGCCCCAGGAUCCCCUCCCUCAGC